CGUGUGGCGCCCCGUUUAAAGGCCUACUACGUUGGUUGCCAGGCAGCAAGGCAACGAAACGACACACACAAAAAACCAACCGAAUGACAAGUGUCAAAGUGGACAGCAAGUGAAGUGAGCGAAAUCCGGAUUGGGUGCAAAGUUGUAUCAUCCAAAAUGAGAUUCAUUCCGCUUCAUACGACGAACACAGCGAUCGUGUACAAAAAUUCGCUAUGCUCUUGCGCCUCACUGUUCGUCCUGGCCUUCAUCGCGCUGUCGGUGAUGCUUCCUGUUCUCUUGGUCUCGCUGCUCAGCCCUUACUCGGGCAUAUCCGAGUCCCGGGUGCUGUACGAGCAGCCCAAUGUGGCGUACAACUACCAGUAUAUAUUCGUGGGCAGCACAGAGCCCGGAGAGGAUGGCGAGGCAGAAUCGUUGGUCGCGUGCAGCAGCUUCAGCUAUUUCAAUGCUCAAAUGAGGCAAUACACCAAUAGCUGUUCAGCCAGCAGGUACUGGACAGAGGAUGUGGAUUAUGAUACGGUCACAGAUCGGGCACACUUCCAGCUGGAACUACAACAGGUUCCCGCACGCCUGAUGCACUUUGAUUUGCUGCUCUUCUUCGACGCCCAUCUGCAGCACAAGUGCGAUCUGUCGCCGCCCUCGUUGCUGUCGCAUCAGCUCCAGUUGCCGCUGUCGGGACGCUUUCGAAACGGUCGCAUCCAACUCAAGGGUGAGCUGCAGCUAAAACAGUACGUGGAGUUCACCUGCCCCUUCCCGGGACGCAACAUCAAGACCAACUUUCGUCCCGUCCAUGUGCAGACGAACGCCAGCCAUGCGGACAUUUCGCAGUACAAGAUGGAAUCGCUGAUGGCCCAGGUUAAAGCCAAUCCUGCCUACUUCCAGUUGUCCAUUCAGGAGACCUACUACCGGCCAACAUCGCCGCGCCUGGAGCCUGGCCUGAGCAUCGAGCUGGAGCUGGAUGUGCUGCAGGUGCCGGCUCGCUAUCAUCUGAGCAUUUGGGAGCGCCUCGGACAGUUCUGGCUAUACUUUGCCUCAUUCUUUGGCAUCUCCUUUUACAUCAUGAACAAGCUGAAGGACUUCCUCUUUGGACGCCACAUCAUUCGUUCCUGGGAGAUCAUACCGUGGAAGAAGCUCUACUGACACGAGUCGGGCGCCAUUCUGGAAAUGGACAACUUCUCGAUUGGCGAGUGAGGGCUACAACUGGAUUUUUCCAACGGGAUUUUCAUUGUCAGUCAAAUAAUAAAUAUAACAACUAUACAGAGAAUUUAAGUGCAGUGCAGAAGUGUUAACAGAACCGAAUAAUAAAUCCCCUAUUUGUCCUGACUAUUGGACAAAAGGGCCAGGCUUCCAAACGAAGAAGAUGUGGCAUGGGCAGUCUCUGGCUCGGGUAUAGAAUCAAGGGCGCGAUUGUCUUCCAGCACAAUGGUGGUACGGGGAUAAUGAUCCAAUUGCACAAACAGAUAGCGAUACUCCAGUUUACCUGUACAAGACUGUGAAAAACCGGAUGGAUUGUCAUAUAUA